UGUUGAUGUUUUGGGGAAAAAAUCUCCUUGUUCAGUUUUUCAUGAAAAAAUUUACCUAAUUGAAUUUUUUCAAGUUCAUUGUUACUUUGAUAAGUUUAUGAACAUGGCUGAAGGUCCAUCAAAAUCAUUGUCAACAAAGUCACUCGAAAGUGAUGAAGAAUUUCGUGAUUUUUGUGAAAAUUUUAUUUUUUCCGGCUGCGACCAAUGUUUCAUCUGUAAUGGCUUCUACGGUCCCAACUUCUCUCAACCAAUCUGCGGUGUCUGUCACUCAUUUGUCUUCCAUAAUGAAGAUGAGAUUGAAAUUGAAAAUCACAAUUUGACAAAAUUUUCUGACGAUGAUGAAGAAGACAGUGGAAAUGAAGAAAUGCCAAACCAACAAGAAUUUGACGACAGCAGUGAAGUUGAAAGUGUAAAUAUGAAUUUUCUCAAUCGCCGUUUAAAUGUUGACCCACCGCGUGACGUUGCUGAAUUUGUUGAUUUAUUAAGUCGUCCCCGACUCGAGCAACGCGACGUGAUUCAUAAUGAAAUUGUUGAAACACUUCCAGUUGAGAUCCUUUUGAAAAUUUUCUCAUAUCUUGAUGACAUAUCAUUAUGGACGUGUAGUGAGGUAUGCAAAAAAUGGCGAACAAUUUUGUCACGAAACAUCCCACAAGCGUUUUGGAAGCGAUAUUUAAAGGAACGAUUUCCACUUUAUCAACAAAUUUCAGCAGUCACAAAUUGGAUGCAAAUGUAUUGCGCACUUAUGUCUGCAUGCUUUUGUAGGAUUUGUCUUGUUCAAAUGGCAAACAAGACUCCAAUUCAAGGUGGCAUAAAUCAUUUGAGAGCAAGGAGACUCAGAAAUGACAUUAGAUCAAUCGCACAAGAAGGUUCCACAGGAAUUGAUGCUUUACCACUUGAUGCACAAGAAACACACUGGCAGGCAUCGAUUAUUGGACCAACAAAUUCACCAUAUGAAGGUGGAAAGUUCUUCCUGUACAUUCGAUUUCCAUACAACUACCCAAUGAGUCCACCCCAUUGUAGAUUUUUAACAAAAAUUAUUCAUCCAAAUGUGAGUCGACAUGGCGACUUAGGAAUUGACAUAAUUCAGCAUAAUUGGUCAAUUUCAAUCACAAUAUCAAAACUUCUUCUAUCAGUACAAAGCUUACUGACUGACCCAUUUACAGAAAUUUGUAUGGAACCAGAAAUCGGAAAACUUUAUGAGAAUGAGACUGCUAAAUUUAAUGCCCUCGCAAGGCAUUGGACGUGGAAGUAUGCAAUGAUUGAGGUUUUACCACCGAAUGCUUUUAUAAAUUAAAAACUGACUAAAAUAAAGAAACAUAAGUUAAGGCUGUAAAUAUGUAAUAUUAUAUAUUUUUGAAAUAAAUGAAUAAAUGAAUAAAUUAGCG